UACUGAUUAGAUUAAAUGUUAUAACAUCGAAUGAUAAGGCUUUACCUGUGAGCAAAGUCUCCUCAUCUUCCAUCCAUUUUGAGGGGAACAGACACACAGCACAGGGCAUCAUGAGUGUGGAAAAGAAGGCACGAGAGCCAUGCUGCUCCAAAUUAAAGAUGUUUCUGGUUGCCAUGUCCGUUGUGUACUUUGCCAAAGCGUUUCAAGGCAGCUAUAUGAAAAGCUCCAUCACUCAGAUCGAGAGACGCUUUGACAUUCCCAGCUCGCUCAUAGGCUUCAUUGAUGGAAGUUUUGAAAUUGGUAAUCUGCUUGUAAUAGCUUUUGUCAGUUACUUUGGUGCUAAGCUUCACAGACCGCGUCUUAUAGGAGUUGGAUGCUUAAUCAUGGCUCUGGGAUCCUUAAUAACAGCAAUGCCACAUUUCUUCCAAGGACUGUAUAAAUAUGAGACAACAAUUUCACAUUCAACAACCAAUGGAACAGAGAGUGCCCUGCCCUGCUUAGCCAAUGGCAGUCUUACAGGAGAUAAUGAACCUCCCACAGCGGAAAGUCAAGCUGAGUGUGAGAAAGCUGCAGGUUCAUCCUUAUGGGUCUAUGUCUUUCUCGGGAACAUGCUUCGUGGGAUCGGAGAGACGCCUGUCAUGCCUCUUGGGUUGUCCUACUUAGAUGACUUCUCAAAAGAGGAAAACACUGCAUUUUACUUGGCUUGCAUUCAGACUGUGGGAAUUAUAGGACCCAUGUUUGGAUUUAUGCUGGGUUCUUUCUGUGCCAAACUUUAUGUGGACAUCGGAGCAGUGGACUUAGAUUCCAUCACUAUCAGCUAUAAGGACUCGCGUUGGGUUGGCGCCUGGUGGCUGGGUUUUUUGAUAACAGGUGUGGUGAUGUUACUCGCCGGAAUUCCCUUCUGGUUUCUUCCCAAGUCUCUUGUUAAGCAGGGCGAGACUGAACCUGAAAAAAAAUCAAAUGCUCAGGAGGGUGAACAGGACACUUUCGUUCCCGACAACAACAAAGACAGUUCCAAACCACCUGAGGUCUCCAUGAUGGCUAUGGCUAAAGAUUUUCUGCCAUCGUUGAAGAAACUCUUCAGCAACUCAGUUUACAUCCUCAUCAUAUGCACAUCUUUAGUGCAAGUGAAUGGUUUUAUAGGAAUGAUCACGUUUAAGCCAAAGUUCAUGGAGCAAAUCUAUGGCCAAUCAGCAUCAAGAGCAAUCUUUCUGAUAGGCAUAAUGAAUCUACCAGCUGUUGCCUUAGGAAUUAUCACAGGAGGUUUUAUAAUGAAAAGGUACAAAAUAAAUGUUCUUGGAGCGGCCAAGAUCGCCAUCGGUGCAUCGCUUCUUGCCUUUUGUUCUCUGCUGGUACAAUAUUUCCUGAAGUGUGACAAUUCACAGGUUGCUGGACUUACAGUGUCCUAUGCGGGAACUCCAGCGCUGUCCUACCAGCAGAAUACUCUGAUCUCUCAGUGUAAUGUGGGCUGUUCCUGUUCUCUCAAGCACUGGGAUCCUAUCUGUUCCUCCAAUGGCCUCACCUAUGCCUCCCCCUGCCUUGCUGGCUGCCAGACCUCUACUGGGAUCGGAAAGGACAUGGUUUUUCACAACUGCACCUGUAUUCGAGAGUCACCUCUUACCUAUGCAAACAUGUCAGCAGUGUUGGGCCAAUGCUCCCGCAAGGCAGACUGCGACUUCAUGUUUAAAAUCUACAUGGGUGUGUCAGUUAUAGGUGCCUUUGUCUCUGCCUGUGGAGCCACACCAAGUUACAUCAUUUUACUCAGAUCAAUAAACCCCGAACUAAAGUCUUUGGCUCUUGGAAUACAGACUUUGAUUGUUCGGACUCUGGGUGGAAUCCCCCCUCCCAUUUAUUUCGGAGCCCUGAUUGACAGAACGUGUCUGAAAUGGGGCAUAAAAAGAUGCGGAGGUCAAGGGGCGUGCCGCAUUUAUGACUCGGAUGCUUUCAGAAAUACUUUCCUGGGUCUUAUUUAUGGCCUGUACAGUGUAUCCUACCUGAUAUGGGGGCUCCUGUACAACAGACUGUCUCAUCGUCAAAAGAAACUGGAUUUAAAACAACAACUGAAAGCUUCCAAUCAGGAUGGCACUGGUGUAGCCACUAAUGGUAGUGCGAAUGCCCCAUCUGCUAUCGUAAAAUGCAUCGAAAAUCCUGAUCAGGAGACCACCAUCUGAAGUUACUCAUCCAAAACUUUUCAAACGUGUCUUAUCUACCAAAGAAAUGGCUAUUUUUGGCGAGAUUAUGGUUAAGAAAUUGUAUUAAUUUGUCCAUUUAUUAUCAAGCAUUUGAGAUGGAAGGAAAGUAUUAGAUGCAGGUUGAACUUUGCGACAGGCCAAGGUUAAACUUCUUCACAUCAAACCCAAUAACUCUAAACCAAACUGUUAACCAAGAACUAGAAAAGCAUUUGUUUACGCAUAUGUCUACGUUUGUAUCGUGUGGUUCCUCACACCAGAACAUUGUUACAUAGGAACAGUGUUAUACUGUCAGGUCAUUGUGAAAUUCUUAUAUCAUGAAUAUAGGGGAGACUGUGGAGUGUUGUAACAUAUUUAUGUAACCCAGUAUUGUUUUUGCACUUAUGUGUCUCUUAAUUCAAACACCAAAUAAAAGUUGACACAAAUUUAGAAAAAAGGUAAGGCACUUGGGCUACGUUCAUACUGCAGGCGAAACUGGCCCAAAGUCUGAGUUUUUGGCCCAAAUGUAAACCAUUUUUGAUUUUCUUAUGACAGUCCGAACAGGACAAAUCAGUUUUUCAAAUCAGACCCAGAUCACUUUCAUAUGUGGUCCUGAAUCGCAUUGCGACUUCAGUCUGAUCGGCCAUGUUUAUUUUUUCGCAAACACAGUGCGUUGCAUCUGACGUCACGUCGUCUACUGCGCAUGAGGGUCACUUUAGGGCCGUAUGCAGUUCGCACAUGACACUGAUGGCAGUCACUUUUAAAUAAUAAUGUGAACAACAGCGCAAAAUAUCUGAUUUCUGCAAAAAAUCCGAGCUGCGCAUUAAGACCUGCAGUGUGAACUACGCCUUAGUUGUGAUGGUUUGGGUUGGGUAAGGGGGUGCAUUACGAGGUCCUCACAGAGAUAGCUGUAGUAAUGUGUUUGUGUUUUUGUUAAACUAGGACUAUGUACUGUACUAUGAUGAUGUGUACACAUUGUGGGUCUAGAAAAAGUACAUUGGACUGUAUUGUUACAACCCUGCCUGUGUGUGUGGCCAUAAUUUUUCUACUUUUAUUUUUUAACAUGUACAUAUAGUGUUAGCGUGGAUGUUACAUAUGAAAUUAAACAGGAAAACGUAUUGAUGAAACAUUUAACAUGAUUGCAGAUCAAAUAAGCCUUCACGAUACUGUAAAGAAAUCUUUAUUUAUGACUUCUACAGUCACGUCAGGAGAUUGGUGGUCAUGUACAAUAGUGAUUUCAAGCCUGUAUCUAUUUUCUAAGUAUAUAUAUUAAAAAACAGAGGUUGCAUAUA